GCUGGAGCUGCUGUGAAAAAAAGUGUUUCAGUACGAUGAGGGACCUUGGGCUUCAAUCAAACCUAUGGCUAUUAUUUGAUGGAUGUAGAGCCUGAUUUCAACUGCUGUUGACUCAUAGAUCUAGUAGAUUUAAUCUGAUUUCAUCUUUGCUUUUAUUACCUAGAUGAAUAUUAGGACUACGAGCUAAGCUAAAAAGAUUUCAAUCAACGUAUUCAAAGAAAACAUUUUCAAUGUCUGACUAACAAAGUGAAAUAGAAUCUAUUCAUAUUUACUCAAGCGUAAGCAGCGAAAAUAGCGAGUGAAUGAAUUAUCGUAAUCGAUAUUUAGUUGAUCACGGCUAUGAAAUAGUAGGGCCUACAGCCAGCUAGGCAUAAGAUACCUGACAGUGUGAUCAAGUACAAGCUUGGAUAGAAAACGAAACUAUGCGACACGUAUUCAGCUUUCAGCCCUAGAUAGGCAUGUUGUGUCUACGUAGUCAGGAAUGUCUUCCAAUCAACAAUGUUACAUCAAGUAAAGCUAUUUCACAGUUCCAAUAACAUCCAUAAGAAUAAUAUGUACUAAGGCCAACAUUAAAAAAAUGCCUUAUUUUAAAGAGCAAUCGAUAAAAAGGUUACAACUCUGUGAUGACGUCAUAGUUCUUAUUGGAAACUAGAUCAAGUAAAUAUUUCUAUCGCUGUUAAACCCCGUUUUCAUUUUAUGGGCGACGCAAUUUUGCCAGUGUGUGAAAUACUUCAACCCAAUGCAGAAAGGAACAUUGAUACACAUUCUAGUUGGACUGCCCCUGAACAAACUGUGUUGUUAAAACGUGUUCAGUUUCUGCCCGAUGACUCCUUAGUUCAAGUUCAUGAAAUCUCUCCAAGGCCAACAGAUUCUUCUAACUCAGACGAAUCAAGCGAGAGUACAGAAUCAAAUGAAUCUGAAAGCGAAAGUGAAUCUGAGUAUUCGACAUCUUCCACCGAAAUGGAUUCUGAGGAUGAAGUACACAUUCCAAUCAAAAAUCGAAGUAAAUCUGAAAAAAUGCUGGCAAAAAAUAACAAACCGGUUCAAAAUUCAAAUAGCAAAUUGCACAAAGGAACAUUUAAUACUAAAAACAACAUUCGACCACUUCAAAUAAGUCAGCCUACUCAAUGCAACAGAAAAAUAAAUGGAGACGCAAAACCAAAACUGUCGGUAAUGUCUAAUCACUCGUUACCCAAAGCGAAAUUGUCAUCUGCCAAAAAAAAUUCUGAUUCGCCGGAUUUAAAUAGAUCUAUUAUUACCAGUGCAACUUCCAAUAAACCAUUGAAUUUCAACAACCUUUCAAGACGUUCGUCUGCACCUGUUUAUACGAAGCGCAAUCUACUUCCGGCGAGGAAGUCUGCACGCGCUCGUCGAGGGUCUGAAGAAUACAAGCUUCCCUCGGUUUCAUCUUCCAUCAUGCAGAUAGGCUAUGAUAAAGAUAUGUUACUGAAAUCAAAUCACUCUCUGACAAUCGAAGAUGGUUUUAUUUUUCCUUCUCUUCAAACUUAUGAAAUGAGGCUACCCGAAUUGAAUCCCUCAUCAACCUAUCACUCUGCCAAUGUGAGUCUAUCUUAUAAAUCAGUGAAAACUAAAGAGAAUCUCAAACAUGGUGCCGCUUCAGGUGAUCACGCUAGAAUUCGUCUGCAAUCAAACUCAGAAAAUGAUCAUCGUCACACUGCCUGGCAAAUGGCUAACGGGAGAGCAGAAGAUGCUCUUGAAACAAAGCCAGACAUCGCACAACUUUGGGACUCUGCUUCCACAUGAGCGAAAUCCUAGUCAAAAAGAAACUUUUUAUGAAUUUGUAAGCAUUGAGCUAGCUCAACAGUUUCUCACAUACAGUUGAGCAUUGCAUGGCUACUCCCCUUUUGAAUUAUUUCACCAUAUUUUAUAUCUUGCUGAGUUAAGUGAUUGACUACUUUUGGCCUUGUGAAAGUAGCCCAAUUAUAAGGUUAAAUAAAAGCGGAUGGGUGGAUGUAACACGCUAAGCAUUUCAACGAGAAUGUAUACUAAAGAAGUUCACUAAUAAUACAUUCCUUUUAUAACACUAUGUAGAAGACUUCUAUUUCAUUUGCUAAAAUAAUGUAUAUAAAGUGACAUGGGAAGUUAAUGUUUGCAACAAUCAAACAUACACUUUCAUUAUAUUUCAAAAAAAUAUUAUAAAAUAUUAAUAAAUAGUACGGAGGAGAUUACCGAACGUGAACCAAAAAGAUUUUUUUUUUUUAUAAAAAAAAGAAAAGAAUGCAAAUUGUAUGUAGACAUCUAAUGCUACACAUAGAAAACCAGAUUUAAUAGGGGCAGUAGUUCCUGCUCUCACCACUGCUGAUAAUCCUUCCAGCAAGUCCCUUCACUCAAGGAAGUCCUUGACCAGAGGCAUGGCAUCAGACAUUACCUCCUUGCCAACUAGUUUUAUGUUGUCUGUAGUUCAUUCUUAGCUUCUGCUAUUUCUACUGAAAAUAUCAAAACAGCCUUAUUACCUUAUCAUAUAAACUACAGAGGUUACUUAUGCCCUACACGUGUCUUUAAGUCAAUCUGACAGCGGACCCAUGGGGAAAUCCAUAGCGAUUAGCGAGCCACUUCUGAAUUUGUUUAAACACAAACUCUUUAUUGUAUUUUUAUUUGUAAUAUUACUUACCUGCCUAUUUAGCAAUGUAUUUUUAAAUAUAAAUAAAUAAAUAAAUAUAUAUGUGAGAAAUGAAAAUAAAAAAAGUAACGAGGCUAUUAUAAACUAAAUUAUAGAAUCACAUCUCACCCAGAUGUCUAGGGGCAUGUUCAUCAUACACUCAGGACCAUCUGAUAACUUCAUUAGAUGAGUACAUUAACAAAUUCAGUUGAUCCCCAGCUUGAAACUAUUUUGCUGUCCAUCCUGUGUGUUUAUACCAAUGUAUUAUUAUCUAACAAUAGUACUCUAUGUUUACCAGUGUGAAACAUUUGUACACACUGCAUCUAUCCUGUGUAUACCAGUGUGAAACCUGUGUAUGUAGACAGCAACAUAAAAAAUAAGUAAAUCACACACUCAAACUACAAAGAAUUCUGGUGUAUUCAGUACAAAUCAUGAUAAUGAGUACACAGUUGCUGUUAAUGAAAACAUGUACAAGUUAUAGUUCUUGAUGUUUUUUGCCAGGUAGGUUUGAAUCAUACACAUUGAAAGUAUAUGGCUUUAGUCAAAUAAAAUAGAUGGAAAUUAAAGUAAAAAAAAAAUGGAUUAAAAAAAAAGAGAAAAUAUUUAUUAUAAAACUAUUUCAUUUCUAAAGAAAUUUAUAGAAAAAAACAACAACCCACAACUGUAGAAUGAAAAGUGACAUCAAACCAAGGUUAUAUAUAGAUGUGAGGUAUGGCAUUUGAUACAAGAGAGGACAAUUUGGACAGUUUAUUCAAACCUAAAAAGUGGAGGAACAUACAAAACAAUGGAAAAGUCUAUAUUAGAUACAUAUAAAGUAUAUUAGCAUUCUGAAAGAUAAUAUAAAUAGCUAAAAACUAAUUGAUAACCAGUGACAUGUUGAUCUGAUUCUGAUAGUUGUUAUUCUGUCAUCGUUCAUUGGCUUCGUAAAGUUGUUUUGAUUACAUCAUUUCAAAGGGACCAAAACUUCUUCUAUCUGGUUGGUAGUAAUAUUCUGAAACCAAUCACAUGUUCAAAGAGAAACUCAUGUUAUUUUCCUAACAAGACAAAGAAACUUGACAAACUAAAGACAAAAAUAGAGCAAGGUAAAACAAGACUAAAUUCUUUUUCAUAUAAAAAGUUAAAGAUAAAAAAAAGCCCCAACAGAAAACAGCCAUAAGAGAAUCAAUACACCAGGUCAAACUAUGGGGCCAUUGCUGCUUAAAUGUAGAGUACAUAAGAGUAGGCUACAAAAAGAAGAGUACAUUAUUCAUGAAUAAUACAAGAGUCAGUAAAUAUUUAUAUUUGUACAAGAAAGUUGAUAUGUGUAAUCAAUUAAAUGUUAUCUAUACAAAUCAACAUUAUUUCAGCCAGCAAAAGAAAAAAAAUCCAACAACACCCCUUUCAUAUUUAAGAGUCAAAGAAAUACUGAGACUAAAUGGUAAUACAUUUCAAUGGUUGAUGAGGAAUUACUUCUAAUAAUGAAUGGCUAUGAAAUCUAAAGAUUAUAUCAACUAAAUGUUCAUAACUUGAUCUUCUUUGGUAAAACAUGACAAUUGAUCAAUUAUGAAUAGGCUUUGCUCCAGUAUUUUAUCAGGUACUAUAAUGUCUUCUGACAAAGUAGGAAAUACAUUUCUCUUUUAAAUGUCUUUCAAAAAUUCUGAAAUAAUUGUUAAAAAAAAAGAUUGUAUUUAAAAAUGAAGCAACCAAUUAAGGUCCAUUGUUCUAUGUUGGAAACACAUUUGUCUUAUAAACUGCAAGAAAAACAAACUCUGGAUUGAACACCUCACUCUCACUUCUGUAAAAAUAAAAUAAUCACUGACACUGCAUUCCAGAAUCUAAACUUCAAGCUAACAAGUGUUAAGUUUACAUUUUGUUCCAAUAGAGUUUGUGCCAUUAAUAUGGGUGAGAGUAGAACAAUUCCAUCCCUCUCUUUCCACUAUCUAAACCCAAAAAAUCUUAAUAUUGUCAACAGAAUAGGGAAUUAUUAAAAAUUCACAAAUUACCAAAUAAUAAUUAAUUUAUAAAUAUUUCAUUUAUUAUUCCAAUUAUCUUUAGAAUAUACGAUUCAUUAAAAAGAUUUGAUAUUGUGUAUGAUUUCAUCAACAUUUUUUGAUAACCUGAAGAAAAAAACCCACAUGAUUAGAAAAUAUGAUUGUCUUAUUAAAAAAUCCUUUCAACAUCAAUAGUCUGCAGCAGAAAUGGUUCCCUAACAAGUGGUGCAAUUAAGGUACAAUCUACAAUCCACUGAUUUAUUUGAAUCUCAUAUAUUUAUAUAUGUAAUUGAAAGCUUUAAAUAUUAAUAGAGGACAAAUCAAGCUGAAAAAAAAAAAAAGAUUUUUUUUUGUACUUAGCAUUAUUUACAGUUUCUGUGAUAAGAUAAUAAGUUUAUUCCCAGAAAAAAUUUGGGUUAAGUUAGGAUGUACAUUCAUAUAAAUCUAUCACCAGAAAAAUUCUCCAGUCUAUUUCAACACAAAACUUAAGGAAUGGUCAGCUUAUGACAGUACAGCAGUAUCACUCACUUAAAUAAAACAACUCCAAUCAAAAUGAUCACUAAAAAAUAUCUCAGCCUCAGAAUAAAGACAACAGCUUCCGGCUCAAAGUUUGGAAAUAAGAGAAGUUUCCCUUUGCAAUGAAAAAAAUAAAUGAGAAUUUUAAAAAUAAAAAAAAAGGAAAGAGACAACACUAACAAAAUUUACAAAUGUUGAAUGAACUUUGAUUACACGUUUUCUGUUU